AAUUCUUUACAUUUCUCACGCAACAAUUUUAAUUCUCACUAAUUUGAAGUCUUUGCAGUAAUCAAAUUCUUUUCAUACUCAUUCAAUUAAGUUUACAAUGGCCACAGAAGAACCAAUCGUCGCCGUGGAAACUGUUCCCGAACCAAUUGUCACCGAGCCAACAACAAUCACCGAACCUGAGGUCCCGGAGAAGGAGGAACCAAAGGCUGAAGUAGAGAAGACUAAGAAAGCCAAAGGAUCCAAACCUAAGAAAGCUUCCAAACCACGAAACCCUGCUUCUCAUCCUACUUACGAAGAGAUGAUUAAGGAUGCAAUAGUGUCGCUGAAGGAGAAGAACGGUUCGAGCCAAUACGCGAUUGCGAAAUUCAUCGAAGAGAAACAGAAACAGCUUCCUGCUAACUUCAAGAAGCUAUUGCUCCAAAACUUGAAGAAGAACGUUGCUUCUGGAAAGCUUAUUAAGGUUAAAGGCUCAUUCAAGCUUUCAGCUGCGGCCAAAAAGCCUGCAGUCGCCAAGCCGAAGGCCAAGACAGCUGCCAAGGCGAAGUCCGUUAAGGCCAAGCCAGCUGCAAAGCCUAAAGCUAAAGCUGUUGUCAAACCAAAGGUUGCUUCAAAGGCCAAAGCUGUAGCUGCGAAGCCCAAAAAAGCCGCUGCCAAGCCCAAAACUGUUGCGGCUAAGACUAAGCCUACUGCCGCCAAGCCCAAGGCGGUUGUCAAACCGAAGUCCAAGGUGAAGCCAGCGAAGGUUGCUAAGACAUCUGUGAAGACAACUCCGGGGAAGAAAGUUGCAGCUGUGAAGAAAGUUGCUGCGAAGAAAGUUCCGGUUAAGAGUGUGAAGGCUAAAAGCGUGAAGUCUCCAGUGAAAAAGGUUUCUGUCAAGAGAGGUGGAAGGAAAUGAGAGUUUAGAUUAGAUGUUGUAAAGAUCUCUACGUUUUCUGAUGUAGUUUUUUGUAUUAGUUUUUAAUAACGUUUUUAUAAUACAUAUUAUUUUCCGUUUA